UUUAAUCCCGAACAAAGCGAAAAAGUAACUCUUAAUGAAUCAAAAAUAUCUCCUCAACAGCCAUUCGUUGUUGAUAAAGUGACGGAAAACACCUUACUACCUGGUUGCAACGUUCCAUCUCCUAGUAGCCAAGCGGUGACCUAUUCUCCAGUAGUUGAAAAAUAUCAUCCUAUUACUGACGCUAUUUGGAAAAAGGGAGAAUCGGUUCCAUACUUAGCUCUUGCUAAAACCUUCGAGGCUAUAGAGUCCAUAUCUAGCAGGCUUAAAAUUGUUGAGACACUCGCAAAUCUUUUCCGGUCUGUUGGUCUACUCUCACCACAUGAUUUAUCAAAAUGUGUAUAUCUAUCUCUCAAUCGUCUCGCCCCUUCUUAUGAGGGCAUAGAACUUGGCAUCGGAGAGAGCAUUCUCAUAAAGGCGCUUUCCCAAACCACUGGUGCUUCCGUUGAACGUAUCAAAUCGGAAUGCCAUCGUCUUGGCGACUUGGGAGAAGUUGCUGAGACUUUUAUGAGUUACUCUAACGCGAUUUCCAGCAUGUAUUCAAUGGAUACUUAUUUCAAAGCCUACAGUCGUUCUUCAGUAUUCUUAAGGCUUUCUUCCCAUUUUACUGCAUUCCUCAUAAAGCAUGCUGUUUUGGGUCCAUCUUCAUUUAUCCGCAUUAAAAAUUUGUAA